AUGAAGGCUUUCGUUGCUCUCGCCGCCGUCUUGGCGCCCCUUACUGAGGCGCACUACAUCUUCAACCGUCUUAUCGUCAACGGUGCAUCUAUUGGUGGCGAGUAUGCCUAUACACGCAAGAAUAGCAACUCGUACAACCCAGCAUUCACCAACGAGCUGAUGAACUCAAAUGACCUGCGGUGCAACAAAGGUGCUAAGGCCGGAGGCGUUCCAACCUACAGUGUAAAGGCCGGCGACAAGAUCGGUUUCAAGCUCUUCAACAAUGAGUUUAUUGAGCACCCCGGCCCGGGCUUUGUCUACAUUUCCAAGGCACCCGGCUCUGUCGCCGAGUAUGACGGCUCAGGUGACUGGGUGAAGGUUAUGGAGAAUGGUCUAUGCAACCCAUCUUCCCCAGGCAAUGACGGCUCGUGGUGCAGCUGGCAGAAAGACCGGCUUGAGUGGACCAUCCAGAAGAACAUCCCGGCGGGCGAGUACCUGGUGCGAGUCGAGCAUAUCGGUCUCCACGAGGCGCACCAAGGCAAGGCUCAAUUCUACAUCGAGUGCUUCCAGCUCAAAAUCGAGAGCUCCGGCACCGGAACUCCCGGACCUGCGGUCAAGAUCCCCGGCCUUUACAAGGCUUCAGACCCUGGCAUCGCGUUCAACAAGUGGAACAACCCCAAGUCAUACACCAUGCCUGGACCCAAGAUGUGGGAUGGAAACUAG